AUGCUGGGGUUUGGUUCAGGUUUUGAAGUUCCAAUUUCUCUGGAAACAAACAAACCACAGAAACAGGAUCAUGGAAUAUUCCGGAUCAGGUCUGAGGGGGAAACCCUCUUUUUGGAGUGGCAGGAGAACAGGAACAGCAGCUGGACUGCAGUGUACAAGUUCACCCUUCAGUCUCGGCAAUGGGAUUAUUUCAAGGCCACACUCAAUUACCAUCAAAGCUCUCCGUGCUCAUUUCUCUACUGCAAGUAAUGUACCCUCCUACUGCCCAAUGGAAGGGUCACCUACAUUGGCCGCAAACUGAUUCUCACAAGUUUCCCCAAUAAGGAAGGGGGACAAACAACAAAGUCCACCCUGGAGCUAACAGACGAGGAAAUUCCUGCAGUUCUGAAGGAGAAACUUGGUAUAGUGCGAAAUUCUGAUCUCUGUCCAAAAGAUGAUGACGUUGCUCCAUUCCCUGUCAUUUAUUAAGAUUUUCUCAGUCUGUAGAUUAUACAACACAAUAUUGUAGCAUUCAGUCCACCGGAGAAGCGGAUUGGUCUCGGCUGUGCCGGUUGGUGGAGACAGCAUACGCACCUGGGUUGCAUUAGCUAAUCAGCCCAGGUGCUUAAAGGUGUGCUACUCUCCAAAGUUCGGGGCCGAGACCGGGAUCUCAGACCGAGAACGCAGUUAUGAGUUUUGUUUCAUUUUAUUUUGGAACUGUGUUCGAGGAAAAAGAGAAAGAAAGUAAUCCUCAACUGGGAUGUUGGAGGAGCUGGACCUGGCCUUUUGUCUUUGUCAUUUUAGCUUGUUAUAAUUUGUUGUUUUUGCCUGGAACUCCUGAGAGGGAAGGGUGAAGAGGGUCAUUUUUUUUAUUUCAGGUUUGUGAGUGCGCACUCUCUUUCCAUGCGGCAACCAACGGUGUUCCCCGGCACCUGCUGCAUCUCCCUCUCGGCGGUAUCACGGUGUGUGACAAAUAAUUAUGAACUCUGAACAUUGCUGAACAGUUUUAAAU